CGCAUGCGUUACGCAAAUAUGAACUUAUAUACAGACACGAGGCUUUAGGGGUAGUGCUCACCGUAAAACAUGGGUGGGAGAACCCCUCUUCUUUUCCUCACCUUUUCUCUUGCUGUUCUGAGCAUUGAGCUUGGUAUUGCUCAUGGCUGUCGAGAGACGGAGAGGAAAGCCCUCAUCAACUUCAAGCGUGGACUUCAUGAUCCUUCCAAUCGUCUCUCUUCCUGGGUCGGGGAGGACUGUUGUGCGUGGGAAGGAGUUGGCUGCAGCAACAUCUCUGGUCAUGUUAUCAAGCUGGAUCUUCGGAAUAGACGUCAAAUGGAUCUAUAUGAGGAAUGCUCUCAUCAGGAGGUGUACGACUUUUCGGAUGAUGAUCCAGGAUGCAGAUGGGCACUACGCGGUGACAUAACUCCAUCACUGCUUUCUCUCCAACAACUUAGUCACCUGGACCUCAGCGGCAACUAUUUUACGCAUAAACCUAUCCCCAAGUUCUUUGGAGCUUUCAGAAGACUAACAUAUCUUAACCUCUCAGGUGCAGGCUUCGUGGGUAGAGUACCUGAUCAGCUCGGAAAUCUAUCCACUUUGCAGCACCUCGACCUUUCUUAUAACUGCUAUGGGGAUGAUGAAGGUGAUGGCUUCUUCUGCUUGCACCUUGAGAACACGAGAUGGAUCUCUAUGCUCACUUCCCUUCGGCAUCUUAACAUGACUCGUGUCCGUUUUACAAAUGCGGCCAACUGGUUCCAAGAUUUGAAUGCACUACCACAUAUACAAGAGAUUGAAUUAUGUUCUUGUGACUUAGGGACCUUUCCACGUUCGCUGUCUCAUGUCAACUUCACAUCUCUCACCACUCUUGAUUUAGGAUACAAUGAUAUAAACUCCACCAUAUCAGAUUGGGUGUUCAAUAUUACUAGCCUCGAGUUCCUUUAUCUUGGUGGGAAUGACCUAUCUGGAUUCUUUCCUAAUUCUGUUACGAAGUUGACAUCUCUCAAGGCACUCGACUUGUCUUGGAGUGUGUUCCAAGAUGGCUUCAUGCGAUUAGCUCCUAUAUCCAACCUCUGCAAGCUCCAAAUUCUCGAUCUAAGCUAUGUGCCUAUUAACGAUGUCCUUGCCAAUUUAAAAAUGGUUUUCUCUGGAUGUCUUAGGAAUAGCACGGAGGAAUUGUACCUCGGAGGCACCCAACUGAGUGGUUUCUUUCCGAAUUGGCUAGGGAACAUCGAGAUUCUUAAAUCUCUUGAUCUUUCUUUCAACUCUAUCUAUGGAUCAGUGCCUGCAUCUAUCGGGAAUCUAUCAUUGCUUGAACAUUUGUAUUUAGAUUUCAAUGAUUUGAAUGGGACAAUUUCGAAACAAAUCGGACAACUGAAGAGCCUUGUUGAUUUGGAACUCCAUGAUAACUCGUUGACCAUAUCGGAGGAUGACUUGGUUAAUCUAUCGAGUUUGAAAUAUUUGGACAUUUCGUACAACUUCAUUGUAUUGAACAAAAGCGAUGAUUGGAUCCCUCCUUUUCAGCUUCAAAGCCUCUCCAUGGAUUUCUGUCAAAUAGGGCCCACGCCCCAAUUUCCAAAAUGGCUCCGAACACAGACUACUCUUCGUCAACUACAUUUGUCAAGUGCAAGCAUCAAAGAUAUGUUUUUCGAUAGGCUUCCUUCAAGUCUUGAGUAUUUGGAUCUCUCCAAUAAUGAGAUCACUUAUGAUGCACAACAAUAUUUUCCAAAUCUAAUUAUGUUGGAUCUCAGAAAUAAUUCUUUGUCUGGACAUCUUCCUCCAAAAAUAUUAAACAUGAUGCCAAGACUCAAAUAUUUGUAUCUCUCCAACAACAAGAUUACUGAAGUAAAAGACAUGAUUCUCGGUGGACGUCCUUCUAGUCUUGAGCUUUUGGAUCUUUCUUAUAACUCUCUCCAUGGAUCACAACUUGUAUCUCAUGGAAACCUCUCUAUGCUGCAAUAUUUGGAUUUAGGAUCCAACAAUUUGAAUGGGAUGCUUCCGGAAGGCAUCAAACUGUUGAAGGGCCUCGUCGAAUUGUUUCUCGACAAUAACUCGUUGAGCUUAUCGGAGGACGACCUUGCUAAUCUAUCAAGUUUGAAAUAUUUGGACAUUUCAUAUAACUCUAUAUACUUGAAGAAAAACGAUGAUUGGAUCCCUCCCUUUCAGCUUAACACCCUUUCGAUGGGAUUAUGUCAAAUACUGCCCAUACCCCAAUUUCCGAAAUGGCUCCGAACACAAACCACUCUUAGUGAAUUAUAUUUAUCAAAUACAGGGAUCAAAGAAACGAUUCCCAACUGGCUUCCAUCCGGUCUACAAUAUUUGGAUCUAUCCGAUAACAAGAUUACUGGUGAGAUACCACAAUUCCUUCCAAGCUUACAAUGGUUCGAUGUAUCUACGAAUAAUAUGAGUGGUGAUAACUUUUACUGAUCCAUCAAUCUACGCUGGCAAUCCAAAUCUUUGUGGCCCUCCUCUCCCCAAAAAUUGUACGGUGAAUAUAGCCAAGGCCAGAGCAAAAUAAAGAUUCUUCUAAGACCAGAAUGGAAACACUUUGGUUAUACACGAGCAUCACACUAGGAUUUAUUACCGGAUUUUGGGCGAUUUGUGGAAGCCUUUUGUUGCGACGGACAUGGAGGAUCGCCUACUUCCGUGCCAUUGAUAACAUUUUUGACAAGCUAUAUGUGGUGAUAGUAGUGACCCUGGCAAAAUACAAAAGGAAGCUUUGAUGACUAUGUUGUUAGAGUGGGUCGACAUGACUCAUCCGACUUAAGCAAUAGCAAUGGCAUUGGUAUCGAUCAGUAUGUGAUACGCUCAUGGUUUGCAUGUCUUUUCAUAACACACCAUCACAUGAUUUUAAUUUUUCCUUUUUGUGCAUACUAUAGUGACUCUGUUAUAUGAUAUGUUGAUGUUUGUCUACGUAGUUGUUUGUCAAAACUUUAUGUCAUCAAAAUAUGAGUCCUCUGCCUAUGGUUUAUGAGA